GCCUCAGCGCAUCGCAGCGAGCCGCAGCUGACAGCUUUUCCAGGUUAGUCGGGCUAGAAACGGAGCGUUCAAGGAGAGAGCACAAGACCAGCUAAAUUUUCAACAAGCAGCCGUCAUCAUCCGCAUCCAGCCUAGAUAUAGAGGGAAUCUCUUUUCCUUCUUUCUCCUAGGCCCCCUCACCUACUGCAUCUUUUUUUUCCUCUCUCUUUUUUAAGGAAUAAUGAUGUUGAUGAUAUUCUAACGCACAGAUGACAGCAUAACCAGGGCGGUGAGCUGUCAAACACCCUACUGCAGCCUCUUUGUUGAGAAGGAUCUGUAGCAGUCUCUGGACAUGAAUUCGGCGGAACAGACGGUUACGUGGUUGAUCACGCUCGGGGUGCUGGAGUCGCCGAAGAAGACCAUCUCGGAUCCUGAAGCUUUCCUGCAGAGCUCCCUAAAGGAUGGGGUGGUUCUCUGUAAGCUGCUGGAGCGGCUCUGCCCGGGCUCCACGGAGAAAAUUUAUCCAGAGCCGAAGAACGACGGCGAGUGUCUGAGCAACAUAAAGGAGUUUCUCAAGGGCUGCACAUCGUUCCGCGUCGAGCCGUUUGAGGCCAGUGACCUUCUGCUGGGCCUGAACUUCUCCAAGGUGCUGAGCAGUCUGGUGGCCCUGAAUAAAGUCACUGCAGAUAUCGGCGUGGGGAGUGACUCAGUGUGCGCCCGACACUCUUCCGCCCACCGCAUCAAGUCGUUCGAGUCGCUGUCCUCUCAGGCUUCGCUGGGCCGAUCCUCCAAGCUGCUGCAGAACCAGUUUCGAAGUCUGGUGAGGGUUGCACACAACGAAGACAUGUCGGAAAACAGCGGACAGCAGCUGCUGGUGAAGGCUCGCUUCAACUUCCAGCAGACCAACGAGGAUGAGCUCACCUUUACCAAGGGUGACAUCAUCAGCGUGACCCGUCAGGAGGAGGGCGGCUGGUGGGAGGGGAUACUCAACGGCAAGACUGGGUGGUUUCCUAGCAACUAUGUGCGUGAAAUCAAAGGCUCUGAUAAACAAGUAUCCCCAAAGUCUGGCACCCUGAAGAGCCCACCGAAAGGCUUCGACACUUCUGUUAUCAGCAAGACGUACUAUAACCUGGUGUUGCAGAACAUUUUAGAGACAGAGACAGAGUAUUCUAAGGACCUUCAAAGCCUCCUUACUAACUACCUGCGACCUCUCCAAAACAUUGACAAGCUGAGCAGCUCCGACGUAGCUCUGAUUCUGGGGAACCUGGAGGAGAUCAGCACCUUCCAGCAGAUGCUGGUCCAGUCACUGGAGGAGUCUACAAAGCUUCCAGAGAGCCAGCAAAGGGUGGGCAGCUUUUUCCUGAACCUCAUGCCUCAGAUGAAAGCGCUCUAUGUCGGUUACUGUUCCAACCAUCCCUCUGCUGUCAAUGUGCUUACUCAACAUGGUGAAACUCUUCGGGACUUUAUGGAGGGCCACGGUGCAGUGGCUCCUGGGAUCCUCACCCUGACCACUGGCCUCAGUAAACCAUUCAUGAGGCUCGACAAAUACCCCACCUUACUCAAAGAGCUGGAGAGGCACAUGGAGGAGAAUCAUGCAGACCGACCAGAUAUUGUGAAGUGCAUGGGGUCUUUCAGGAACCUUUCAGCUCAGUGCCAGGAGGUGCGAAAACGAAAGGAGCUGGAGCUGCAGAUUCUCACAGAGACCAUCCGGCUGUGGGAGGGAGACGACAUCAAGACCUUGGGCUCGGUGAUAUACAUGAGCCAGGUGUUGGUCCAGAGUCCUGUGUCUGAGGAGAAGAAUGAGCGCUACCUCAUGCUGUUUCCUCACGUGCUCCUCAUGCUGUCUGCUAGUCCCAGGAUGAGCGGUUUCAUAUUCCAGGGAAAGCUGCCUUUGACUGGCAUGAUCGUGACCAAACUAGAAGACUGUGAAGCCCAUAAAAAUGCCUUUGAGCUAAAUGGCACCAUGUUUGACCGUCUUCAGGUGGUGUGUGCAAACCAGCAGGACCUGCAGGACUGGGUGGAGCAUCUGACGAGACAGAUCAAACACAGCGCCGCCACGGCCCCCAGUCACAAACCGCUCGCUGUCCCCUGUCACACGCUCCCAUCUCAUCCUCUCACCCCGUCCCGGCAUGCUGAGAGCAGGGCCAUGACUGUGGCUCCCACCUACCACACCCUGCCUCACCCAUCCUCUCAUGGGACGACCCACAGCACAAUGACAUGGGGCCCCCUGGAGCCACCAAACACCCCCAAACCCUGGAGCCUGAGCUGCCUGCGACCCGCGCCGCCGUUACGGCCCUCUGCUGCACUCUGCUACAAAGAGGAUCUCAGUAAAAGUCCAAAGAGUGUGAAGAAACUCCUUCCCAAACGCAAACCUGAGAGAAAACAGUCUGAAGAGGAAUUUGCUCUAAGGAAGAGUACGGCCGCUCUGGAAGAAGACGCCCAGAUCCUGAAAGUUAUUGAGGCGUACUGCACCAGCGCCAAAACCAGGCAGACUCUGAACUCCACAUGGCAGGGCACAGACCUGAUGCACAACCACGUGCUUGCCGACAUGGACCAGUCCUGCGUGGACUCGCCGGGCCGCCGCAGCAGCGUGUCUCGGCCAGAGCUGAGCUCCGAUCUGUCGGAGGACUCCGACUACGACUCCAUCUGGACCAGCCACAGUUACAGGAUGGGAUCGGUGCCGCGAAAGAGUUGCAUCUCCCAUCAGAACUAGAGAAUGUACAGCGCCGCCAGGCUGUACUAUAAUGUAACGUAUAGUGCGCUUACCUCUUUUACCGUAGAUGUAUUAAAGAAAUUGAUUUUUUUAUCUAUUUAUUUUUUGGGUUGAUUUGGGUAAUUUAUUGCUUUAAUUUAUUUUUUUGACGGCUUGUCUGAUGAUGUUUUCAGCAUUUUUCCUGUUGCCUUUCCCUUUUUUGUGCCUCCUCUCUUUCUGUAGAUGUCAUGCAGUAAGUGUUAGCUAAAUAAUUAUUGUUAAUUUAUCUUGAAUGUGACCACUCUCCUUGUUUAACCAUAAAUCUGGUGGACUCUGAGUGGAGAGGAUGGGGAUUUUGGUAUGUAGUUUAGGGGAGGGAGAUUCAGCGGCUGGGCAGGUGGGGACUUACGUUUUUUUCCUGUCUGAUAUUCAGAUGCAAUUCAAGAAUGAGUGUCUUCAAUUUACCAUAAAUCUUUUUCAGCAUGUGGUUUUGGGAUACGCAUGCUCAAGCAUAGCACAGAUGCUAAACAGGCACACACACACGUGGUUAGGCACAAAUGCCUCUGCUGUCUGCAGAAUUAAGCAGUGUACAAAUUCAGAUUCUUAACAUUUACAUUUAGUCUUUCAUGAUUCCAUGUUUAAACAAUCUUUCAAACCUUUGGGAGGAUUACAAAAAAUAUGAAAAGCAAACAAAAAUACACUACUGUAGGAACAAGCAGACUUUGUCAACUGAAUCUUUAGCCAAAUAUAAAUAUAGCAGUGACUCUGUCUUAUUAUCAUUUCUUUCAUGGUAUUUUCCACCAGGGUAUUCAGGGACAUCCUGGACAUUAAACUGGAUGGUGCAUUAUUACGCUAAAGCCCACAGUUUAAAUUGGUAUCCUUAAUUUCGGGAUCAGUGAAUUUCUUGAUUAUCAGUGAAACAAUAAGGCCUGUUGAGAUCUGGCACUAACAUCAGUCCUGUACACUUUGAUCUCAUUUGGAAAACACAGAAUAACGAUCUGAAUGCAUGCAAUCCCAGUGAGACUAAGGGUUGGUUUGCAAAGAUUUUAAUACGACUUGAACCUUUUUCUUCAUUUUUUUCACUUUGCAAUUGAUGGUACAACAGCAUAAAUAAAUACAUUUGUUGACAUAUUAUGGAGCUCUAGCAUUGACAACCAUAAGAGGUGGUCAAGGAGAUGUUAAUCUGCAUUAUUUUUGCAAUAGGAGCGUUGAAGGAUCGCCACGUCGUCUGACGUAAAAUCCCUUUAAAUGGGCAGCAUUAUGUAAAAUCAACUUUUUUGAGCUUUAUGUCAAUUUCUAAUGUUAUUCCCUCAUCAAAGACAUGCAUGGAGUGUUGCUUUGGUUCUUUUAUGCAUGUUUGAAGAAUCUGUGAAUCUUCAUAGCAGCCAUUUGGGGAUGCCUAAGCACUUGCUCUGACAAAGCAUUGCCAAUUUACCCAAAGCUCCUCUUUGGAGCUGCAAUCUUAGCCGAGUUUUCGCCCCACAAAGCACCACUCCUGCGUUUCCCCCACUCAGCUCCUCCAGACUAGCGGCGGCAGCCAUUAGCAAACCCCUGAUGGAACUGCUAAUCUGCUGAGCUCAUCAUAUGAACUACUUCUCAGUCUAUGAAUGAUAAAUUGACAUAAUGGAGAAACGUUGGGAAGAUUGUGAGAUUUUUUAAAGAGACAGAGGCCAAUUUCAUGGUGUCAAAGAUUUUUUUUCUUAUAUAUGUUUGAUACACUUUUAUAACAAUUGAAGGAAACAUGAUUGUGCUAUGAAAUCACACAAGGUGUCUGGGAAAUACAUAAUGCUGCCCCUUUAAUUGCUGGGCUUUUACCAUCUUAAAAAAAAAAUGUAUUUAAGAAACAAAUUUAAGUAAAAUCACGAUGGUUGACUAAUUUAAAGCAGCUGAACAUGUUUUUUGUGUUCCUGUUUUAAAAGUUUAAAUUAAUUUCUCGAAUACCUGUCUAUUAAGGAGACAGUUCUGGCUGGACUCAAAGCAUUAGGCCAACACUAGUUAAGUUUUCAUUGCUUUCAAACUUCAACAGUGGCUUUCUUCUUGCCACUUUUCCGUAAAGGACAGAUUUGUGAACUGCGGGACAUCUCAACAAAGUUUCCCCACUGGAGCCGUGAAUCUCUGCAGCUCUUUCAGAUUUACAAUGAAUUCUUGAUAAAACAUUGUAAAUGCAAAUGUAUGAUUGCAAAGUGAAAAAAGGGGAAAAAGCUUAAGGGAUGUGAACAUUUUUGCAACACACUGCAUCUCUGACCUUUAGAGAAAGUGAUUUCAUAAGUCUGAAAUUUUGUAUUUGCAGCUAAAGGUGAAGCUUGAACUGAACUUUUCUUUUGUCAUUGAUGGUGUAGCUGAUAAAUCAUGUCUGUAAAUGCUGUUGUUUGAGAUUACCCUUAUGACUUUAAGUACGACAGUAAAAACAUAGCUUAAAUCAGUCAGAACAACAUCAUCAAGUAAACUAGCAGCUAUGGUGAUGCCUAAUCAACUCUCCCUACUGUUGCCAGCUUGUGGGGCUUCCCAUUCUUUCUCACAUUAGUACCUAUUUUUAUGAAGAAGUAUUUUUCCAGUAUCGUUAUGAAAAGUACAACUCUACAUUCUCUUACAGUGGGCAAAAAGAAUGACGUAUGGAAAAUAUAUAUACUUAUGAGUCCAUGUUGCAAGUGUUUAUAAAAUGAUUUCUUUACAGUAUGUAUAAUUUUGUACACAUUUUAGUAUUUUUUUCCACUUGUCUGUUGAUUUAAAAUUGUAUGUCAAUGUUUACAAAAUAAUCUCUGUUCCCCCUUUCAUUUGGUUUGUAUCGAAGUUUACAAUUAAUACUGAAAUGUUUUAAUUAUUUUGCACAAUCAUGUUAUGGGCAGAAGGGAGUGGAGGUGUGGACUCAAUGAAAUUCUGUACUUUUUAGUGUCUACCAAGACUCUGUAUAAUAUAAUCUUAAAGAUAGACUUAAGUAUUCAGUGUAAUUGUAAAGUGAAUACUCAUUUGUACUGUAAAUGCUCACCUUCAGUGGUUGGAUGACGUUGAAGGACAAAAGAAUAAAAAAUAGAACAAAACAAAAGAAACAAGAGACUGCAAAAGGCGGAGUUAAUCUAUUUCAACUUCAGGAUGCUGUUAGAGUGGACUUGGCAUAUAAAGAGCACAUAAUGUCCCCGUUUUUUGUAAAUACUAGUUGUCUUGCUGCCAGAAAAAAAAAAAAAAAGAUCUAAGAAUAUGGCUGUCCUAUCAUGUGCUGAACUUUGUGACAGGUGUAUUCUGUGGUUUAACAAGUCAAACUCUUGGACAGACGGGGUGAAAAAAAAACGUAGUCUUUAACCAACAUCGUUCUCUGUCUGCUCUAAUGUUGCAUUCAAGUCACACACCUGACCGUGUCCUUUUUCUUUUUCUUUUUUAAAGUAGCCUUCAGUGUAUUUGUUCUACACUGCUGAAGUGUUCAAAGUCCCAAAUGCUGUAUUAUGAGUUUUAAUAAAUCUAUCAGUUGAUAGAAGCUGUCGUUCUGUUGCUUUGUAGAGCCGAUCCGAUUGUGUGUCCGAAAGCUUUCGCCAACUUUUCAUGCCUUUUAGUUUCCUCUGAGUCUUGUUUUUCUGUCAUGACUAAAACACUAGUACUAACCUCCUGUCUGUACCUACAAUAAAGUCCACACUGACUUUA